UAAUUUUGUUAAAAACAAAUCUUAUUUAGUCCAUAUUGAGAGCAUCUUGAGAAAAUUAAAUAUGGAAAGCAAUAACACAUCUCUCUUACCAUACUUGUUGUCACUUUUAGGCCGUCAAUCAAAUUUCUGUUCCUCAAUCGACGAGCUAUGUGAUCAGGUGCAGGACUUGAUCAUGGAGGACGUGAUUGGUCCAUAUGGUACUUUAAGGCGAGCGGUUAAAUUUGCUGUGGCGAUGGGUGUUAAUCUUGGAUUGCUCUCUCUCAGCGAUAAGCGUGUCAGAAUGCCAUUCAAAUUGAGUCCAAAAAGACCAGCGACACUCAAGACCAUAGCCAAACAAAACCAGUUCCUAAGGCUGUCAAACGCAGAGCGACUAGGCGUCGGGCUACAGGGGCAAUAAAACGUCCUACAUUCAAGAAAAUGCGAUGCCCUCCAGCCUUGGGGAAAUCAAGACAGCAGCGUGAUCGCCGAAAUAAACCAAUUUAAAAUAGUCGUAAUUAAAGUAAAAAGCGCAAUAUGAUUCUAUUUCACAGCUUUUUAUGAAAAUGACAUUUGCUAAGAGCCAAAAAGGAAGGUGUGGUAGAAAAUGAAGUGAAUUUCGACGGGGCCGGGGUAACGACAACUAGGUCAACUAAUUAUCAGGGAAAAUAUACACAUGUACACAUUCAUAUACUAAAACCUGUAUGCGUGGCAUUAUUUAUUUGAUUCAUU